AUGUGGUCAUCCCUACGGGUCCUACUCACGACUACUCUAGAUAGUGUCCGCGCAGCCUGCAGCUCGGGCUUCGUUUUCUAUGGAAACACUCUACUGAAUCUGGGCAACUACCUGCAAGAUGUUGAGACCCUCAACGCCAGCACGGGUCUUGAACUCCUUGACAUUCUGUUCUUCGCGGGCGACGACGUAACAACGGACGGGCUUCUUCUGGUCUUCAUGCGUCGGGUGCCUAUCGUCAUAUUGAUCUUCACCGUCUUUGCGCUGCUCUUCCAAGCAUGCCUCAUCAUGCGCUACAUUGCAUGGGCCGCCAUGGUUCUGUCGUUCGCGGCUUGCAUCUCGCUCUUGAGGCUCGUCGUAUCACUUGGCUGCCUCGGAAUGUCGGUCGGCGAAAUUGCAUACCAUCCCUCAAGCGCUUGCAAAGCAUUAUGUGGGGUCAAGAUCAAGCUGGUCCUUUUUUCUUCCUGGGGCGUUCGCGCGUUCUACGCUGUCGCGAGUCGGGUUGAUGGCGAAGCGCUGCACAUCAAGAACGCCGCAAAAGGCUUCCUCACCUCUACUGCCGCCUUUCUCUCCCAUUUUCUCGAUUUGGUGAUCUUAUCCGCAAAGCAGCGCUGGCGAUUCCUUCAGAUCGGAGGUGGUGUUGGAGCUCUACCUCCUGAUGUCGCAAUGAAGGGCAAUCAACAACGGCGUCGGCGCGAUGAUAAUCCUCGGCCUGAGCCCCUGCUCGAGCACGCUCCGUCUUUCUCGACUGUCUCAGUCCGAGUCUUACCGUAUCAACCAACCCCACCAUUUGAUGGGGAUGCGCUGAGAGGCACGAACUUCCGAAGUUCCAUUCCUGGCCCUUCCCCUUCGACUAAGUUUCACCUCAACGUCUCAGGUCCGUUGUAUCGUACAGAUACAUCUGGGGAACCGAGGCGAAAGUUGGUCCUGCGAUUACCCCUGAAUGUUUUCGAAGACUCGCAGAAGGGUUGCGACGAAGUCUCCAUAAUACAGCCCCUGGCUACGACCGAUCUCGGCGUCGAGUGCAGGGCCCCUCCACUCCAUACCAGUCGAAACACAGAUAGCCCUUGGUCCAACGUACAGAGUCCUAUGCCGUCCGUCUAUCCCCGCUCGCCCCCCGGUCUCGGCGCGACUGCUCACAACGGACUCGCUCCGGCAUCAGAUCUUGGCUUUGCGCACGGACAAGCUGCUUCGUCCCUUCUCUCGCCCCGUGCCCCUACGAGCCAUCUAGCCUCACCGUGCAUCGGCGGCCCUAUCUCUGACUCCCGGGUCUUCACCACCGACCGCUCGGUGUCCGUGCUCCCACCCUCCGAGUCGACCGUGCAGGCGCUCAUCCGCAAGAUCGAGGGCAUGGACCCCGAAUGGCCGCCCAAACCAUCCAAGCCGGCCCUGACGCGCGCGGAGCUCCAGGCUCGUAUCGACGAAAUCUGCGGGGUCGACGCGGACAACAGUAUCGGCUCAUCCCGGUCAACCCUCAGCCUUGCUUCUUCCUCCUCUGCCUCUGGAUCUUCCGCAGACGUACGGCGUCCGCCACGGACGAGCAAGGCGACCAAGAGCACCGCACACAAGUCGCCGACGAGGUCCAGGAAGAUCGCGGCUGCGCAGGCCCUGUCCUCGUCCUCCUCAUCGACGUGCGCGUGUAGCAGGCGGAAAGUCAAAUCCCCAGCUUAUGUUGUUGUGCCUCGGAAGAUCCCGGCCAAGGCCACCGCGAAACUGAAGACGUCCUGCGCGUCUGCACCUCCAUGGCGCGCUGUCGAAAUUUCCAAUGCGGACGCAGGCGGCGAGCAGGACAAGCCGGUUUGGAAGAAGCUGUCAGGGCGUCAGCGGCAGGAGAAGAAGGCGGGGGAGGCUGCUAUGGCCAGAGCUGCGGAGGAAGUGGGCAUGAAUGCGGCGCGGCGCGGCUGGAUGCCGCCGAACAGUCCCGUCGGAGUCUCUGUCUGUGUGUAG